AUGGACAACCGAGCGCCGGUCUCGGUCGCUGCCGGGGCCUCCAGGGACAUUCCAGCGGUGUCUCCUCCUCCCAUAGAUGCUGGAGACCUCGCGUCUGCGUCCAGUGACUUGAAUCUUGACGCUGCUCCUUCUGAGGCCCCCGUACAGUCAAUACAACCUGCGCUAUCAACAACGACGGAUACAACGCCCAGUGGCUCUCCCACGCCGGCGUCAGCGCAGCAACAAGGAGAGCAGGAAAGUACCAACACUCGCGAGCUGCCGACAACUCCAGAGACAGAGAGGUCAGCCAGCGAAGGAGUGGUGACCCCCACAGAGAGCGAGAAAGGCUUGGACGGGGUACAAAAUACGGUCAGCAGAGAUCAAAACGGAGCGGCGACAGCUGCAGAUACGACGCAGAACGGAGGUGCCCAUUCUCCAGGACAGCAGAAACAACAGAAUGGUGUUGCAUCUGGACAAACAGAGCAGAAGACGGGGAAAAAGUGGUUCGAUGUCUUGCCAAUGGUGCUGCAGAAUUUCAAGGCGCAAAAUCGCGAACAGAUUCGACAGCUGAUGUUGCCACGGUGUGAGCUGUGCAAACAAGGCAAAGUGGAUAAGAAGGGAGAGGUGAAAUGCAACCAAGAAGGAUGCAUUUUGAGGGGCCGUUCGCUAUGUUCAUCGUGUUGGAAGGCAACCCAUUCGUCACAGAGCGGACAAAAGCACAGUCGGCUCCCUGCCUCAUUUUGUCGGCAGUGUGAACUGGACCGGGUCGCGUAUUGGUGUGCAGAGUGCGAUUUGCAGUUUUGCAGAGAUUGUUUCGAGCAGAUCCACAGUGUUCCCAGGACUAGACGCCACCGCAAGCUUGCGACAGAAGAUGCACCUGGAACCUGUAUAGCAAAGUCUCACUGGGCUGCGAAUUUCCAGAAUGUGAUCUCUCAAAUGAUUACAGCACGAAAACACCCGCCUCCAGCGUCAAAUGGGAAUUCUGGUGACAGAGUUGGUCUGAAACGGAAGCGCGAUGUUGAAGUGAUCGUUAUUGAUGGCUCAGAUGAGGAGGACACCAAGCAGACUGGGUCUGUGAUGAACAGCGUUGCCAAUGGAAUCUCCGAUCAACAGGUUGAAAGCACGGGAAACAGCAACACUACUCGAAGUAUUGAAACAGAGAGCGCGGUUACUCGGUCCAGUGAAUUGUUCUCCCAGCUUCAAGUGCCACCGGCGCCUACUUCUAUUAGUUCGUUAUUCCAAACACCAGCUGCUCCAAACUCAAUGGUGGAGCCUAUUUCUCUGCAACAGGAGCCUACCGACAUGAGUUCAACGCCAUUGCCGUCGCCCGAAACAAUGCAGACGAGCACAGCGUAUACAGCAUCGAGUGGACUCAACACUGUCAACAUCAACUCGAGUGUGGGGGGUCUGCAGUGGAAUGGUAGUGCCGCUCAGCUCAGAGCUUCAGCAUCGAUGGGAAAUGGAAGCAGCAGUACAGCCUUCGCGACGAAUGUUAUGAACGGGAUGAUGCACGUGUUACCAAGCUCCAUGCCCGCUGCUGUGAGCACAACGGACGGAAUGUGGUCGACAACUUCUGCCAUUAGCACAGAUUUGGCCAGCACCUCUAAUCCGAACAACCUUUUGCCACUCGGAGGUGCCGUCUUUGCCGAGAACGCGCUGGUCGACUCGUUGGUGGAUCGAUAUCACGAAGUGAACCAGAACGUGACUAAUAUGGAGCGGCAAAGUGAACAGUUGACCAGACAGAUAGCAGUCGCCACGUGCCAAGGACCAUACGUCGCAGGACCCAUCAUGGCCUUGCUGAGCAAGCUGCAGCCUGUGCUGGAGGCAGCAAGAGUACGGCGGGACAAGCUCCUUAUCGCGAUGAUUAUCCAGUCCAGCGAUAUCAUGAAAGCUGUGCGUCUUCUCCGUCUGACAGAACUCGGCGAUGUACCUCAAGUUCCCAUGAUUAGCCAUCGCAAGUGUCUGCAGAUAUCGGACGAGAUCAAUCAUCACAAGACGAAGCUCAUCGAGUUAAAUCAAAAUCUGAGCGAGACGUUGACUCAGUCCCGUGGAGUGAGUUCCAGCUGGGAGAGCACAUUCAUCCGAACGACCAGCGCCAAUAUCCAGAUGCACGAGAAGAGCAUCAAGGAACUCAAGAAAGCUCGAGAGGUGGAGUUUGUGCGGAUUGUGCAGUUCAGUCUCAAGAUCCGUGAAGCGCUUAAGGCCGCGUUCCAACGCACUGUAGAUAUGCAGCGCCAACAGCAACAACGGCAGCAAUUUCAGUAG